AACUGGUUUUAUUUCAGCACAAGAAAGUGUCUCCUUGCUGUUACUAGUGUAUAAUUUGCAUUUCCUAGGUUAACACAAAAGGAGGCACUAGCGUCAGUGAAGAGGGGCGGUCAUGUCAGAGUAGACUUGGAGGUGUCCGGAAGAAACUGACAGGUUUUGGUACCGCAUCCUUUAGCGCGGGAGCUGAGCUCUGUGUGCUGAGUGACGGACGCUGUGGGGAGAUGUGCUCGGCCGCCGACAGCACCGGCCCGGAGGACCUGGCCACAUUGUCCGAGCUGGAUGAGACCAUUCUCCUGGAUGUGCUCAGCCGCAGGUUCCGGCAUGACCAAAUUUAUUCAUACAUUGGAGAUAUUCUAGUAGCCAUCAAUCCUUUCAAGUAUCUGCCCUUGUACGAAAAAUCGGAAUCGGAAAAGUACAAAAGUUGUUCAAAAGAUGGCCUACCUCCUCAUAUUUUUGCAGUGGCAGAUCGUGCCUAUCAAUCGAUGUUGGGUCGCUUGGCCACGGGCCCCAAGAACCAGUGCAUAGUGAUCAGUGGGGAAAGUGGCGCUGGGAAGACUGAGAGUACUAAGUUGCUGCUGCAUCAGAUCAUGGAGCUCUGCAAAGGAAACUCUCAGUUAGAGCGACAGGUUCUGCAGGUGAAUCCACUUCUGGAAGCAUUUGGGAAUGCUCAGACUGUGAUGAAUGACAACAGUAGCAGAUUUGGGAAAUAUAUUCAACUGAGAUUUCACAAUACUGCAGUAAAAGGUGCGAAAAUCAAUGAAUACCUUCUGGAAAAAUCCAGAGUUGUGCAUCAGGAUGAAGGCGAGAAAAAUUUCCAUAUUUUCUACUAUAUGUUUGCUGGAAUAUCUCCUGCUGAUCAGGAAGUCUAUGGUCUUCUGGAUCCUAAGUUCUACAGGUACCUAAAUCACAAAUAUGGUUGUGAUGAAAUCAUCCAACUUUGGAACAAGAAAUACCAUGAAGUAUGCAAUGCCAUGGACAUGGUUGGAUUUCUCGAGCAGGAGCAGGUAGACAUGAUGACAAUAUUAGCAGGAAUCCUGUCGCUAGGCAAUAUCCUUUUCGAACCUCAAGACACUGGAAUCCUUAAAGUGACAGAUCAGUCUAAGGGAUGGCUAAAAGCUGCAGCGGGUCAGUUUGGUGUCGAACAAGACGAACUUUUAAAAUGUUUGAUCUGUACAAUGGCAGUCACUCGAGGAGAGUCCAUUCAACGAUACCACACCAAACAGCAAGCGGAAGAUGCCAGGGACUCUAUUGCUAAGGUUGUAUAUGGCAGAGUUUUUGGGUGGAUUGUCAGCAAAAUCAACCAACUACUGGCUCCAAAAGAUGACAUGGAUAUUGUUCAACUGUGGGAGAUAGGUAUAUUAGACAUCUUUGGGUUUGAAAAUUUUGCGGUUAACCGGUAUGAACAGAUGUGUAUUAAUUUGGCAAAUGAACAGCUUCAGUAUUUCUUCAACCAUCACAUAUUUUUAAUGCAACAGGAAGAGUACAAGCAAGAAGAGGUUGAAUGGAAAACAAUUUCCUUUAAAGACAAUAAAGCAAUCCUGGACCUGUUUUUAGCAAAACCAUUAGGAAUUUUUUCCCUAUUGGAUGAGCAAACUGCAUUUCCACAGGCCACUGACUGGACUUUUGUAGACAAACUAAACAAUGGUUUCAAGCGGAAUCCAAAUUUUAAAUUGGGCAGAAGUCACAAUCCAGUAUUUACAGUAGUACAUUAUGCAGGAAAGGUCCAAUACAAUGCGUCCGGGUUUUUGGAGAAAAAUAGAGACACUAUACCAGCAAGUAUUCGAGGACUGUUUAUUAAUAGCAUCACUCCACUGCUAAGUGUACUUUUUACAGCUACAGUCUCAAGAACAGGAACCUUAAUGGCUCAUCAAAGGCAAAGAAUAAGUUCUACCAAAACCGGAAAAGCAAAAAUAACCAUCGGUACCCAGGCACAUAGAACAGAGGACAACUUUAACAGCACCAGGAAACAGUCUGUUGGAGCUCAAUUUAGACAUUCCUUAGCUGUACUAAUGGAGAAGAUGUUUUCAGCAAAUCCACAUUUCAUUCGAUGUGUGAAACCAAAUAUUAGUAAAUUGCCAGAUCAGCUGGACGUCAAAGUUUUCAUGGAUCAGCUGCGAUACAAUGGAUUAUUGGAAACUAUCCGGAUUCGUAGAGAUGGAUAUUCCUGGAGACCAUUCUUCGAGGAAUUUGUGAAAAAAUAUGGAAUACUGCUUAUUACCCCUAAUGUACCACUUACCAAAGAAAGUUGCCUAACUAUUCUUCAAACUAUUGACCUGAAGGACUGGAAAUUUGGAAAAUCACGCCUGUUCUUUAAGUACUGGCAUCAGGAUCAACUCGCAAAGUGCAUCGAAAAACUUGAAAAAGCUGCAUUGAUUAUCCAAAAAAGCUAUAAAAGAUACCGCUGUCAAAGCAAAUAUAAGGCUUUGUUGCUGGAACUACAAAACCAGCGUCGGCUGGAACUGGAAAGGCAAAUGGAAGAAAGACGCCAGAUUGAAUUGGAGCAGGAAAUGGAAAGAAAAAGGCAGGAAAUGGAGUGGAAAAAUGAAGGACCAGUUACACCACCUGUUCCACUUCCGAGAAAAAAGAAGCCACUCCCUCGACCUCGCUUUGCGGCUGUAGAUAAAUUUCACAAAGACGUCCAGCCUCCUGUUCCCAGGCCGCGGAGUAAAUUAGUGGAGGCAACUCCCUUCGAUAAUUCUCGUGAGCACGUGAACAACUUGUGGAUUCAGGAGCAGGCAGAGAAGGAGCAGCAAAUUAUCAAGAAAAGGGCUACAAUUCGGUGGUUCAAAGAAACUCAGGCUGGAAAAGUAGCUCAGAAUGGCACGUUUCCUUGCUGGUUUCAUGGGAUGAUCACAAGGCGUGAAAGUGAAAACCUGUUGGCAAACCAACCGUUAGGUUGCUUCUUGAUACGUGUCAGUGGAAGCAGGGAGGGGUACACAUUAACUUACAGAGGUGUAGAUCGAUGCAGACACUAUAUGAUUGAAAUGCAGCCAAAUGGGAAGUAUGUGAUACUGGGAGAAGAUAGGGUUCACUCAUCACUACCAGACUUGGUGGAGUAUUAUAAAAGUGUUGGAAUUCAACCAUUUAUGGAAGUCCUCACUGUACCUUGUGGACAGAAAUGUGACAGUGAAACAGAUUAUGAGGAACUCAGGCACUUCUCGAUGAAAAUGAAAUCACAAGAAACUACAAAUUCAGAUACUGAGGCAACUGUCUCGACUCACAAUCAAGCGCACCAUAAGCUGUCCAGGCUUUUCAUGCCAGCUGAGCCACAGUUGUCAAUGCCGCCUCGAGUUCCAUCAGUCAUGAGAAAGAUCUCAGGCAGAAAGCUGCAGAAUGCCGCAUUAGGGGAAACGCAAACACUUGAUGCAGAGAACUGCUAUGACGAUGAGCAUAAAGGAAACAAGCGUACAUUCCCAAGACUUUACCCUUCUAUACGCUUAGCAAUGAAAGAGAUUCAGCAACUUCAUGAGAAGUAUGGGUGUGAAGUGCAAACUAAUAACAGAGAGGAGGUGCCAAAACUCCCUCCAAAGCAGUUCAAAGAGCGACAUCUGAAUACUACAUUGCAAGAUAAAUGAUUGAAGUUUGGGAGAAUCUGUCCAUGAAGAGAUGAAAAGAAGAGAUAAGUUUGAAUGUUUACUGCAGCAAAUUUUCUAUUGUUUAUGGAAACACAAUACCAAGUUUAUCUGGACCUCGAAGUGUUGGAUAUGUAAUGUCAAUUUUAAUGAGGAUUUUGCACAGAUUUAUUUUUGAAUAGUAUUUUUUUUUUGGUUAAAGGUUUUGUCAAUAAUCUGCCAAAAGCUGCUUGUUAUAAUGAACUGUUUAUAUUUUUCACUCAAUACAUGUAUUGUACAUAUUUUUCUGGACACGAUUGAUCUAUUAUUAACCUGUAUGCUAGGGAACAAUUUGUACUGUUAAUAAAA